UAUUAAACAAUAUUUUUUUUUAUUAUAUCUUCACUUCAAUUAUUUCUCCUCAACAAUAAUAUAUUGAAAAAAAGUAAGAAAGAUUACAAUUAAUAAUAGAAUAUGCAAAACUAUCAAUAAUAUUAAAAACAUCGAUUUUUGGGGAAGAUAAACACAAAUCGAUGAUGGAGUUUUGGUGGAGUAGUAUUCUCUGUCUGAUCCUCACAUGGGCAAUCCUUUCUUUGAUAAGAUCCAAACCCAGUUCCGGCAACCUUCCACCGGGACCAAAACCAUUACCAGUCAUCGGAAACCUCCACCAACUCGGUGACAAACCCCACAAGUCCCUGACUGAGCUUGCCAAACUCCAUGGCCCCUUAAUGAGCCUCAAGCUUGGUCAAGUCACAACAAUCGUGGUUUCUUCAUCGGCUGUGGCCAAAGAAGUCCUUCAAACACACGACCAAUACUUCUCCAACCGAACUAUUCCUGAUGCUCUCUAUGUUCACGGUCAUGAAAGCUCUGGCCUUCCAUGGAUUCCAGUCUCUAACUUGUGGAGAAACCUUAGGAAGAUCUGCAACACUCAAUUGUUUGCAACCAAAGUUUUGGAUACAAACCAAAAACUCAGGUUGAGCAAAGUGAAAGAGCUUGUUGAGAAAGUGGAACAGAGUAGUUUGAGUGGUGCAGCUGUUGAUAUUGGCAGUGCUGCUUUUACUACCACACUUAAUUUGUUGUCAAACACCAUUUUUUCUUUUGAUUUGGCUGACUCUGAAUCGGAAUUGGCUAGAGAUUUCAAGGAUAUUACUUGGAAUCUCAUGAAGGAAGCUGGUACACCAAAUUUGAGUGACUAUUUCCCUUUGCUUAAAAAGAUUGACCCUUUUGGUAUAAGGCGUCGCAUUAAGAUUCACUUUAGUAGAAUAUUACAACUUGUUGAGGGAAUUAUCAACGAAAGGGAAUGUUCAGAUUUUGUUAAGAACGAUGAUGUUUUGGAUACCCUUUUGAACAUCAUGAAAGGAAAUGAUAACGAAAUCAAUCGACACCAGAUAGUACAUUUGAUAUUGGUUCUGUUCGUGGCUGGAACUGAUACGACUGCUGCCACUUUCCAAUGGGCAAUGGCGGAACUGCUUCGUAACCCAGAAACCAUGUCCAAAGCCAGAGCAGAACUCGAUCAAAUCAUUGGAAAAGGAAAACCAGUUAAGGAAUCAGACGUUUCUAAACUACCUUACUUACAAGCUGUUUUAAAAGAAACGUUUCGAUUACACCCAGCAGUACCAUUAUUGCUUCCUCGUAAAGCUGAAAGAGAUGUCGAAAUCAAUGGCUUCACUGUCCCAAAGGGUGCUCAAAUCUUGGUCAAUGCAUGGGCUAUAGGUAGAGACAAGGACAUAUGGGAUGACCAAGAAUUGUUUAAGCCAGAGAGGUUUAUUGGGUCGGAAGUGGAUGUUAAAGGAAGGAGCUUUGAGCUGAUACCGUUUGGAGGAGGUCGAAGAAUAUGUCCUGGAUUGCCUUUGGCUAUGAGGAUGCUGCCAUUAAUGUUGGGGACCCUUAUCCACUCUUUUGAAUGGAAGCUUGAAAAUGGGCUUAAACCAGAAGAAAUUGAUAUGGAUGACAAGUUUGGCAUCACUUUACAAAUGGCUCACCCUUUACGAGCUGUUCCAAGUCUUGCAUAAUGUUUUUUCUUUAGGAAAACUUUUUGUUGGAAGGUGAUGUUUGGUUUAUUGUAAUGGUAAUCGUAACGAUAAUGAAUAGGUUCAAUGUAAUGGUAAUCGUAAUAGUAAUUCUCAUUACAAUUACACUAUUACAAAAAGAAAAAAAUAUUUUAAUAAAAAUAUAUUAAGAAAA